AUGAACAAAAUCUCAUUUCUUGACUGUCUUCUUCAAAACGCAAAUUUCGAACUCAUGGCCCCGAAGAAGAAAGGACCGGCAAAACGCCUAGCGGCCGGCCGGCCGCCGGUGCUGCAGCGAUCCAAGUCGAUUUCAAGGAGAGCGACCAAGGCCCUCAUCAACAAACACCAUCUUUUGCAGAAAAGAAAGCGGCAAGCUAUUGCCAAGGGCAACGCGGUCGAGGAGGCAGCUAUCGAGACCGAGAUCAAGGCACUGGGAGGUAUUGAAGGUUAUCAGGAAGCCAGUCUGCAAGGCCAACGGCAUGACCGAGGAGGCGACAGUUCCCAAGUUCUCAUGAAAUGGCUAGAGCCAUGUGUCUCAACUCACGGGACGGAUUCGGAUCGGCGCCUGAGGAUGUUAGAGGUCGGGGCACUCAGCACGCAGAACGCUUGCUCUAAAAGCGGUCACUUUUACAUCGAAAGGAUCGACUUAAACAGCCAAGGAGACGGGAUUCUGCAACAGGACUUCAUGGAACGACCCUUGCCAAGAGAUGAGUCUGAGCGGUUCGACAUUAUUUCUCUCUCGCUGGUUCUUAACUAUGUCCCAGAGCCGAAAGACCGAGGGGAGAUGCUCCGUCGUACCGCACAGUUCCUCCGGGCUCCAGAACGAUAUCUCGAAUCGCCCCAUCUGCAAGCGAGUUUCUCGAGUUUAUUCUUGGUCCUGCCAGCGCCAUGUGUGACGAAUUCUCGGUACUUGGACGAGGAAAGACUGGUCGCAAUUAUGAAAUCAGUUGGCCUUCCGCCAUGGACCAUGGAGCCAGGCGGUCCGGGGCUUCCGUGUGGGACUGCGCGGUCUGUGAGGACCCCGCCGACUUGGGAAUUUCUCGAGCUUGGUCGCUGCCCGGACUGGUGCCCCGAAAGCGACGGCAUCCCCGAUCUGGCAGCCCCCGCAAUCCCACUCAAGUGA